GCCAACGGGAGCCAUUGAAAAAGAGCUCAUAUCCUUAGAUUCUGAAAGAGACCUUGCUGGCUCUGUUGGGAGAUUCUUAGCAUCAUCAGUGUCCCGGGUUGUCCAACUGACCAAUGAAUUGAACCUUUCUUAGCAAAUAAACAACACAUUUUGCACAAUGGAGCAAGAAUUUUAUCACUCAGCAGACAAUGCUGGUGAACUUCUUGACGGCAAUGGCAUGUGGGAUGAAUACUCUCUUGGGAUACUUGAGCCGGAAAAAAUCAUUUGGUAUAUUCCUCAACCUAAUGUGAGUGAUCCUGAACUUGUCAGCACUUCUUUCAAUACAACAGAAAUUGUGGAAAUUGUUUCCAAUAUUACCAGAAUAGAAGAAAUUUAUCCUUACCCAUAUGAGCAACUGCACAACAACUUAACACGAAACCUUUCUAAUGGUGUCAUUGUCAUUAUCUGCAUAUUAGGCCUGGUGGGAAAUGGAAGAACAAUUUACCUCCUAGCCCAUCGCAUUAAGAGGAAUCCUUUCACCACUUUCAUCCUGAAUCUCUCCAUUGCUGAUUUUGGGGUCCUUGUAUCCCUCAUUAUUUCAGCAAUCUUUGUGGCAGUGUUAUCUCUGGGUCAACGAACUUACACUGUCAGAACCUUUUUCUUCUUAUUUUUUGAGUUAUUUUUCUUCACCUAUUCUGCCAGCCAGUUUUUGCUGACAGCCAUCAGCCUGGACAGGUGUGUGGCUGUCCUUUUCCCUCUCUGGCAUCGCUGCCAUCGUCCACCACAUCUAUCUUCCCUUGUUUGUGGCCACAUCUGGAUCCUCUCCUUCCUGCUCUCUGCGGUGCACUUCAUUCUGUAUCUGACCGAAAGCUUUGGAAGGUCACGUUUUCUUUACCAGAUGAUUGUGAAUGGUUUACUUUGUACACCUCUCAUGGUUGUGUCUACUGUGACUCUCUGGAUUCAUGUGAGGUCUAAAUCGCAACACAAUCAAAGGAAACUUCUCACUACCAUCCUGCUGGCUCUCCUUUUCUUCCUCCUACUUUCUCUCCCAAUGAAUGUCUUUUAUGUCAUUGAAUAUUUUGGUUCCUAUAAUCCCAUCCUCAUGACUGUUGGGAUAGGUUGUACGGCUCUCAGCAGCAGUAUCAACCCACUCCUUUAUUUCUUAGUGGGAAGGAGUAAGACGGGAAAGGAUAAGCCCAGAGCAUCAUUGAAGGUGGCUCUGCAAAGAGUCUUCAAGGAAGAGCAGGACAGCCCAGAAGAUUCAAACACUAUGGAGGAAUACGAGUUGUAAAUACUCACUAUCACGGUUUAUUCAUUUUCUAAACCUUAAAUAAUAUCUGGAUCCAAGGAGAACAAACAAAAUUGAUGGAAUCUGCAAAACAAAAUAGCUAAUAAAAAACCAAUGUAAACAGAAAAAUACUGCUAUAUAGAGAGUUUUGAAAGUGUAAUCUGAAAAAUAAAAUAAUAAUGAUAUGCCAAUACCUACAUAUAAUAUAUGGCACAGAGGAAUAACAGAGUCCAGUUCGGAUGUAUACAUAUACAUGCCAAAAAUAGAAUUCUGCAAGUUUACAAAUGGAUGCGAUAAAGAACAAAAUUGUUACAGAAUCUAUCACAGUAGUCCUGCUAUAAGUAUUUUGAAAGCUCCCCCCUCCAUGGAGGAGCAACAGAAACAGACCAUAAAGUGGUUGUCGGGGGUCUCUCACAAUGCUUCGAGCUCUAACCACAUAGUACUCAUAUGCAGCAUCCUGAAUAACAUGAAAUGAGCUUCCUAUAAUCUGCUUGGCUGUCUUCCCCACUCUCAGUUGUUGUCUGGGCUUCAACACGGAUCAAUGUGUACUCCAUGGAGGUUCUACCUAGACCUAUUAUGAAGAUCAUCUCUCUGUUUCUCUUGGGAUAUAGCUAGAUAAUUUAUUAAUGGACACAAAAUAAACAAAAAAUAAAAAUAGGGGAAGACAGAGUGGAACAAACGGAAAAAAGAUUAGAUAAAAUAGAAAGUAGAAUGAUAGCAGUAAAUAAAGAACUGGAAAAAGCCAUAAUAAAUUUAGAGAUGGAGAAAUCAACAUUUUAUCUUCAAUUCCAAAAUAUAGUUGAAAGUAAGGAAGAACUUCCAAAAUUAAUGGCAGAACUCUUGGCUGAACCCCUGGAAAAAAACAAGCAAGAAGUGGAAAAUGAAUUAGACAAAGUGUAUAGGAUUCAGACGAAUUAUGCAUGCAGAAAAAACUCCUGAUUGAAAGCUGCAGGAGUGUAACUGUGAUUUUAAUGUUGG